CAGGAGCUUCACGAGGCUCAGUCCUACACCAGAAGGAAGCCUUUGUGUAUCGCUCGAAACGCCGCCGCGAGAGAAACCUUGUGGCAAAAAACUGCAUUUUAAGUACAAAAACGACUUUGUCUACCUAAACAUGAGAACUUAACUCUGAAAAGCGAACUAAAAAAAAAAGAAACGAAAAAUAGUACAAAGCGAACCGAAGUGAUAUAUAUAUAUAUAUGUAUAUAUGUACACUCUGACCAAAUAAUUUCCAUAGAGAGUAAUAAAGAAAAACGAAACGUUCUAAUAAUAACGCAAGUGACCCCUUCCAAGUAGUCACAGAAAACGGGUACAAAAGGCAUAGAAAAUGGAAGCUGUUGUGAUCACUGACGAAAAUAUGGCGUCGAGCUGUCCGGGCAAGAAGGGCGGCAUGCUGGAGAAGAUAAAAGAUGCCCUGCUUAUCACUACACUCAACAACAACAACAACAACAACGACGACAACGUGAUUGUCAGUAAUGGCAACGAAAAUGAUGUGUCAUAUGACUCUUUCCUCAAGAUAUAUGGCUGUGACAGUAAGGUCCUUCAGACGCAGAAAACGACCCGCAGACACGACCAUGGUCCUCUCGGCGUGAAGACAAGUGUGAGUGUUGCAGCAUCUUGAGGAGCUGCACGCUAUGUUCGGAUUCUUUAAGAACAAGAGCAAGGACAAGGACAAGGACAAGGACAAGCAAUGCGACGGCGGUGGCGCGCCCAAGGACAAGAAGAGGGAGAAGAUAACGAGGGAGGAGAAGAAUAAGGAGCAGAGGGAAAGUACCGGCAGGAAGACGAAGGAGGAAAAAGCUAGCAAGUCGAUCUUCAGGAAGAGCCGCUCCAUCGAGGGUCUUAAGGAGGAAGGAGGAGGAGGAGGAGCAGGAGAGAAGGAGGAGGAGUCAUCCUCAUCAGGAAGCUCAGGGGAAAGCAGGAAGAGCAAGACUCUCGACGGGCGGCGCUCAGGAGGGGAUUGGCAGCAGAAGCAGGAGGAGGGGGAGCGAGGGCCGUCGACGCCAAAAGGCAGCGAUAAUGUUGAUUCGCCUCCGCCGCCCCUCCAACCUGUCGCCCAGAGUCCGCGGGGGAGCGACGGCGAGGGGGGGGCCCAGAGUGGCAGGGAGGGGGGGCGGGGUGAAGAGAAGGAGCGGAAGGGCGAGAAGAGAGGAGGGACUGAAGGGACGGAAGUCAAGGAUGAAGGGAUAGAGAAAGGGCAGAAGGAGGAGAGGGAAGGGAAGAGUGAGGGGGCGGCGCCCGCCCUGUACGUGAGGCCAACGUGGCGGUCGCCCAGCACGAAACCGGCCUCGGCCGUCGAGAGUCUCGUGGCGUCGCGGUACGCCGGCUACAGCAGGCUCGGGGGUACGCCAGGGGGAACAUUAGGGGGGACGCCAUGGAGCACGCCAGGGAGCACGUCAGGGGGCACGCUAAGCGGUACGCUAGGGGGCAGCGUUCAGGGGUCGUACCUCGGGUCGUGGCGCUCGGACAAGACGGCAGCCACGACGAAGCCUCCUUUGAACCCGCGAGGGACCCUCUCCCCAAAGGGCCCUCUGGCCGCCCUAACGUCCCCUCCCGCAGGCGUAGUCGUGCCGGAGGUGGUCACGACCGACCGGGACGACACUUCCUCUCCCUCGCCCUCCCCUGUAGUGGUGACUCCCCCUGCCUCCCCGGGCUUACCUGGAUGGACCGGAGGAGGAGGAGGGGGAGGGGUCGCGGAGCGCCCCGUCUCCCCGGACGGCCGGGCCUCCAUGUUGUCGACGCCCUCGAGCUCCACCUCGAGUCUCUCGAGCCUUGCCCCAGCCCGCCCUAUCUCACCAUCGGGGCGCCGCACUCCGCCGGGCCCCCGUAUGGGCACGGCCGGCCGGUUGUCCUCGUCGCCAACGCCGGCGCGGAAGGCGCAGAGGCCUAAUAUCAAGACGAACCCGGCCGCCGCGGGAAGGCGAGCGGGCUCCCGCUCUCCAGUGGGCGCUGUGGCCUCGUCGAUGGGCCCCUCCGGCGCGCCUGACGGCGAGAAGCUCGCUACGCCCCCGCCAUCACCGUCCUCUGUCAGACACCAGCCGUCUGAACCCGGUGUGAAGGCGCCCGCGUCACCGCCUCCGGUCCUCCGCGCUCGCACAACGGUCACGCCCCCCUCGCCGGAGGCCGCCCGGAAGCAGUCGGUGUUCCCGAAGCUGGUUCCACCGUCUUCUCCUCCCUUGAGAGCCUCCUCCACCUUCUCCUCGCACAUCUCGCCCCCUCCCGACGCCCGCCUCGCCCAGAGGAGCGUGUCGCCGCCCAAUCUCGCGGCCGGAGGGAAGUCCCGCCACUCCAUCGUCUCCAUGCAUUCCCUGGAAUCGAUCCCUGAGCUGGACAGCGACGGCCACACCUCCGCCGCCGACACCCUAGAGCGGAAGGGCGCUAAAGUGGCCGCGGGGACCGCGUGUGGCCAGGCGGUCUCGCCGACCAGCCGACACUCCGCCCCCGAAACGGCCUUCCCGGAGCGGCAUGUGCCGAUGGGCGGCGUCACCGGCCACAAGAGGUCCACCUCCCUCACGCCCGUACACGAGGAGAAGCUCUCGCACUCUGCCAAAGCGCCGCAGGUGACCCUCAAAGCCCAAGUCGCUCCGGCGCCCCCUCGACCGCGGGCGGACGAAGACGUCAAGCUCGCGUCUGGAGCGACAGAGGCGGCGACGCAACAGGAGGCUGCUAAAAAAGAUGCAAAGAGAGUCACCCCCGAGGAUGAUAAGUCCAUCCAACAUGUCAGGAUAGAAGGGAAAGUGGCGAAGGACACGAGAGCUGACCUCAACGCGGGCUGGAACCGCCCAACGUCGCCCAUCGAGACGAUCGAAGCGAGCGAGACCACGACACACGUAGUCAUCAGGAUUCCCCUCCGACGCAGCGCCUCCAGCGGCGUCAUCGGCGAGGAGAAGAGAGUCUCGAUCGAGUUCCUGCCGGAGCAGGAGAAAGGGAGCGGCCGCAGGUUGAGGUCCGUAUCCACGCCGAGAGAAUUCACGCGGGAGGCCACACACGAGACCUUCCGAGACCCGAAGGACUCUAUCGGCCUCGCCAGGAAUCGGUCGUUGACUGGAAGACGUGAGAGCCGCGCCGAAGGGAAGAAGGACGAUUCAUCGGACAACGGCGGGAGGGUGCGGGUCCGGCGGCGAUCCUCCAGUCGUCGUCGACGGGACGUCAUCAGCCCGGGCCCCGCAGUGGAGCCGAAGCCGCCGCCGCCCGCGCCCGCCCAGGACGCCAACGAUGGCGGCGACGCAGACGACGACAGCGACCCGAACGUGGUUAUCAUUCCCUGGAGACGAAGGACACGCAGCAGGUCUCGAGUCUCGGAGGCCAGAACCGAUGGCAGCGCCGCGCCGGCGGCCUCCUCGCCCGACCCCGCGGCAGGCGCGACGAUGGCCGCUGGCUCCCGAGGCAGGUCUUUGAGCAGCGAAAGAUCGCCAGGUCAGCAGGGACAGCCUACCGUUGUGCCUGCGGUUAGCGAGGACCCAAAGGCGAAGGAAGCAGCGGAAGGACAAGUACGACCUCCGCCGCGCCAGAGGUCCCUCUCAAGGGGCCCAGAUCGGAGGACGACACGGGCAGUCACGCCGGCCGAUGUCCAGCAGGCGAACAGCGCACAAGACCCGACGAACGGCGAAGGGGCCCCGAGGCGGCGUCGCACGCAGUCCUCCUCUAGAGUUCCGAGCUCGACGGCGAACGGAGCCGACGCGGCAGGAACUGGGGGCGCCCAAAGACCUUCCCGGAGAAGGUCGUCCUCCGGCACCAGACAACCCGCGACCCUUCCGAGCGCCUCGAAGCCAGGCGACAAGAAGGAGGAAGAAAAGACACCUGCUGCAAAGGAAAGCACCGAAGAAAAAACGACGACCACCGCUUCCGACGCUCGCGAAAACACGAUGGCUGAACACAAGAACCUCCCCGACGAAGGCAGCGCGACAGGGCCCCCUCGACGCCUCGAACAGGAGGGCUCGGCGAAGGAGGGCAAGGGGCCCAUCAAGAAGCGCUCGGUCCUGAUCCAGACGCACGUGAUCAAGUCCGCCUCCAGGUCGUGCCAGGUCGACCUCGAGGCGCCCGAAAAACGAGCUCUGGACCAGUGCAAGUAAGGAUAAGCAACUAGCUGUCGGUCGUUUAUUAAAGACGGAUGUGAUCACACACA